CCGUGUACAGUGAAUCCGUAAACGAAAAAAUGGCGUCUCGUUGGCUUCCAAACAUCGAAGAAUUCUUCGAAGCACUUUUGAGGCUAAUCGAAACAGCUGAAUUGCUAGCAACUGCAGCUGAUAGUUGUUCUUACGACGCAGCUGAGUUCCACUUCAGAAGACUAGAUGCAUACGAAAGAACACUGUCUACGCUGCGCUCUCGUGUGGCCGAAAGUUUGAAUUGGGAAAUGUCAGAAAACACAACGACAACAGAAAAUGUUCCUGCGGUUAUUGCUCAUCUGUGCUAUAUUUGUCAUAGGACGAGUUUCCUCAGACAACGCUUUGAAGACAUAUUUUACAGGAGCAUCCAUAGUGAACGCGAAGCAAUUAAUGAUAAUCAAUCUUUGGGAAGAAGUGAGCAGGUUGGUCCAGGGAGACCAAGGUUUGCGAUGACCCGAGAGCAACUAGAAGCUUUGAAUAACUGCAGUAGUGGAUUUAGAUGGAGUGAAAUAUCAAGAGCUUUUGGCGUGUCUGAAAGGACGCUGCGUCGCCGACGUCACGAGCUUGGUAUGACAGUGGAAGGACGACAAUUUUCAGAUUUGUCGGACACGCAGCUAGACACAAUUGUUCGCGCUAUUAUCUUUAUGACUCCAAAUAUUGGAUAUAGAAUGUUACAGGGAGCGUUGCGGCACCGCGGACUUCAUGUUCAAAGAGAACGCAUUUUACGUUCUAUGCAUCGGGUGGACCCUGUGAUUUCUACAUUGAGGAAUACUACAAGGAUCAUAAGACGGUCUUAUAAUGUUCCAUGCCCCAACGCCUUAUGGUAA